AUGCCGACUAUACACGUCUCCAGAGACUCCCAGGACGAACUACAAGACAUCGCCAAUGGCCUACUAAAAGCCCGCAAGGUCAUCGUAGUAACCGGUGCUGGGAUCAGUACAAAUUCGGGUAUUCCUGACUUUCGUUCUGAAAACGGUCUCUACUCCCUAAUCAGCGCUCAAUUCGACGCGGCAGCGCAACAGGCGCGUCUGAACGAAGGCUCAAGCGAUGAUAAAUCCACCGACUUGGACAUUCGCCGGCCAGUCAAGAGGAGAAGAAUAGUUCACGAUGUGUCUGCCAAGGUUGAGGAGGGCCCGGUCGUUAUGAAGGAAGAAAUAGAAGUUCAACUUGAAGAUCCCGAACCGGAACACGAAAAGAUCGCAGACACGAUUCAGGUCGAAGGCCACCCGGACGAUGAAGAGCAGCAGGUCCGCUUAGAUGGGAUGCCCGUGGUCAAUCCCAGGACGACCCGUUCAACAAUAGCUGUGGCCCAGCCUCCGAGUUCUCCUCUGUCUUCCCCUCCGCCCGAGGGUCUAAAUAUUCCACCAUCGUCAGUCUUCCGGAGGACACGCCGCAGUCACUUGGCCGACUCUACAAUUCCACCAAGCUCUUCACCUCUAUCAUCACCUCCGCCCGUCUUGUUUGACCCAUUCUCUUCCGGAACAUCCUCAGAAAACGCCCCAAGUCGGCGCAGCAGCACAUCGCCAUCAGAAGUCGACGAUACCCCGCCCUCAAAUGCAAUCAACUUAUCGCAAGCAAGCUUUGGCUCUGGCAAGAAUACUUUGCCUAAUAUGAAAGGGAAGGAUAUGUUCGACGCGUCAAUAUGGUCAGAUCCUCUCCGAACAUCUGUUUUCUACACAUUCGCGACCACGCUACGCCAGAAGGUUAGGGACGUUGAACCAACAAGUUCACAUCGUUUCAUCAGCCAUUUGAGAGACCGUGGCAAGCUCGUGCGCUGCUACACUCAGAAUAUUGAUCAGAUCGAAGAAAAAGUUGGACUAUCGACAUGCCUCCUCGAUGGCCCUGGAAGCCGCGGGCGCUUUUCAAGAAAGUCGACAGCCAACAUAAACCAACUCAACAGGAUGGUCGACGAGGUGAAUGCCAUGACCGACACAAAUUCUUCAGACAAGUCUCAGCAGUCGUCGGAUAACGAAGCCAGCCAGCAGUCUCAAUGCAGUGAACCGAAAUUUGAAAGCACUGUGCCUGCUUCCCAAACAGAAUCCGAUCAAUGUACGACAGAUGAAGCCCUGACCGCAGUGAGAAAUCUGCGUCGCGACCUUCCAAAGUCAGGCGUGGAAUGUGUUUUCCUCCACGGAUCACUGGAGCUUCUGCGAUGUUUCUUGUGCGGUCGCGUGUGCUCGUGGGAUGACGACGAACGCCAGCUCGAGACAAUGUCAGGCCAGCAACCUGAAUGCCCUCAUUGUGUAGGCGCUACGGUUGCUCGAGAAGAACGCGGCAAACGAGCAUUAGGUGUCGGAAAAUUAAGGCCCGACAUUGUGCUCUACGGCGAGGAGCAUCCCAACGCACAUCUGAUUAGCCCCAUUGUUACACACGACUUGGCUCUCUGUCCUGACCUCCUAUUAAUCCUUGGUACUAGUUUGCGAGUCCAUGGGCUGAAGGUCAUGGUCAGAGAAUUCGCCAAGGCAGUUCACGCAAAAGGUGGUAAAGUUGUCUUUGUCAACUACACCAAGCCACCAGAGAGUUCAUGGGGUGAUGUUAUUGACUAUUGGGUUGAGUGGGACUGCGACGCCUGGGUAUCUGAUCUACAAGGCAAAAUCCCCAAACUAUGGCAAACGCCCGAGCCUCCCAAACUUAAGAAGAAGCGGGAGUCUAGUGGUGUUGCUGAGGACACCGAAAAGACCGAGAUGAAACGCCCUGUUGCAGCUUACCCAGUUGCCCUCCGUGAUACAAAGGCUACGGGGGCAUAUUGGAGCUCGAGAAUAGUAAAAGAGCUGCACAGGAUAACUGGCCACGAUCCCCUAGAAACACCAAUCUUUACACCACCAGCCAUUGUCACAACAACAGAGGCUCUCCCACCUGUCCUAACGCCUGUCGACACGCCUGCCGACACGCCUCCGAAGAUACCCCAAGGCAAACCUGAUAGAGUCAGAACUAGAGCCCAACGGUCACGCAAAUCUGCACCAGGUGUUCUAGAACGAGCCAGUAUGCCUCCCUCGACGCUCAAUCCCAAUCAUGGGCGAACUCUGCGAAGUGCCGAGACAAGGGUGCACCUCUUAGGCGAUGAGAUGGCGCCUCCGAAUGAAAUCAGUACGCCUGAAAGCGUGCUUCUCCACGGAAGCUCGAUAGCCAGCCUAGUCAAGUCGAGAGCACGAGAGCGCAAGCGCAAGAAGAUUGAUGGCGAGGAAGUGUCUCUUCCAUCCAAGCGAACCCUAGGUUCACUACGGCUGGCUCCAUUGAGGCCUCAGCCAUCAGAUCCCCGCGAUAUCAUACCUUUCGACCGACUGCCGACAAUGGAACUCCCUCCAGAUACCCCGAAACCAUUCACAGAAACUGGACAACUGCAAUCUAUCUCGCCGGUGAUGCAUCAUACGGAACCGUUGAUGCCUGUUUCGCAUAACACGCGAAAGCAGGCACAUAUCCGACGUAGUCAAGCAUCUUUCAUGCGCGGCCAGGAUCUCGCUGGAAGUCCGGCGCCUAUGCUGCCACCAGAGAUGUCACAUGGACUGUUGGUGUCUUCGCAUGAGCGGUGCAACCUGGUCAUGAAGCAUGUUCGCUCACAGAGGGAAGCGGAUGCAGCUUUGGCGCUGUCUGCGCUGAGCCAGGGCGAUCCACGCCCAGUCAUCACCAAAGAGUUCUCCAUACCACCGUGUACGGGCGUCGGGAUACGCAAGUCGGCAAGGCUGAUUCACAGGUCUAGCACGCCUACGAGUACCUAA